AUGUUAUUACAAUUCUUAUUACUAUUAACAGAAGUUCAAUCAAUAAGUUUAAAAUUCAAAAUACCUCCUGGUUAAUAAUAAUGUAUAAAGGAUAAUGUUUCAUAAAAUACUCUUAUUUAUGGAUAAUAUGAAUCAUCUACUUUAUUAUAUACUUUUACAUUGAGUGUAUGAAAUAACUAAAUUUGUUAUAUAGAUAGUCAAUUAAUAAGAAAUGGAAAAUAUAAUAGCUGAGUAUUCAAGUCAAGUAGUAUAAUAAUUCCAUCAUGUUAUGUAAGAAUCAGGAGAGAUUUCUAUGUGUUUUGAAGUGGAUGAUUAUUCUGAAAUUGCAACUAUUAAUUUAUUUUAUGAAAGUGGUAAAAAUAUACAUAUUUAUUCAAAAGGUGCUGAAAUCUAUGAUCAAGAUUAAUUAGCUAAAAAGCAACAUGUUCUAAAUAUAAAUGAAACAUUAUAAUAAAUGGAAUAAUUGUAAUAAGAAAUUUCUAGGGAAUAAUUAUUAAUAGUAGAUAGAGAACAUAAAAGAAAAAUUAGUUUUGUAGAUAUACAAUCUAAAAUUAUUGGAUUUGCAGGCAUAACAUUUGGUUUACUAAUAAUAGUAGCUGCUUGUUAAGUCAUUUAUGUAAGAAGAUAUGUAGUGUAUAAAAAAUUAGCUUGA